GUACACACUUGCGUUUUUGGGUGGCAUACUUGAUGGCGAAGCACAGCCUCGUCUCGAUGGAAUAAAAGUCGACGUGGCGCCACUGUAAUUGAUGGCGCACCCUCCUUAAAACCAGGCUCGAGCCCCGGAAAGAUAAGGCAACCAUCCUGGAAAGCAGUAAAUGCACGUUAUUGUCGCUGACCAGUGAAAGCACAUUUAUUGCAAUGUCCUGUGAUCAGGUAACGAUUUAUAAGUAUGGGGGUCGUGCCCAGCCUGCCGAGGGAAACAAUUCUAUAGUUGUCGCGCGACAUUUUUUUCCAAAGUCACGAAGUCUCCAGAGAUAUCGAUCAAUGUCUUCUGAGCCAUCAAUGUCGGGUACCUUCAACAAUAGCAAUCCUCAAUGGACCCAGGAACAAAUCAGAGAGUUUAAAAGGAGGAAGCUAGAAGAAAAACGUGCCCUUGUUCUGGCUAACAUACUCGGUGGAGUUGCGAGAGAUCCUGAACAGGAAGAGUAUGAAGAAUAUUUGCAGAACUGUCAGGCGCGAGGAGCGGUGCCAACGAGCUCGUACGGAACCUCCGAAUGCCAGGAUUCUGGAGACAUUCAGUACAAAUCGGCCCAGAUUCUCGAUCCGACGAGGGGUCGGGGAGAAGAGGUAACAGUAAUCGAAGACUCCGCUUGUCGAGUCAACUUCAUCUCCCCAAGGAUAGCCAGACUCUGUAACAUUACUCACUAUCCAACUCCACCGAUCGAGCAUGGAACAAUGACAGGCCGUUUCGUUGCUGAUCGGUGGGCUGAAGUCACUUGGCUCGGGAACAAUGGUAACAGUGGAUCUGAUUGGUUCUACAUCGCACCCGAGGAGGCCCCUCUUGAGCUCGAGAUUCUCGUCGGAACACAGUUCAUGAAAGACCACCCGAAUGUAUUCCCGAGUCGAAAGCUCUUGGCACCAUCAAUGCUGACUGUGCAGACAAAAUUGAGAAAAGAGGAACGGGCGCAAGUCCAGGCAGAUAAGGUAGUGGCAGAUGCCUAUGCGGUGGAGUUGGAGAAGAGAAAGCAGGAAAAGGCACGUCAGGUACAGCAGAAGCCAAAACAGAGCGGAUCCUCUUCAAGGAGCUCUCGCACCAGGAAGAGUUGAAGGACUGGCGUUUGAGCCUAGGAAGAUAUAAUGAGAGUCAAAGUGGCGUUCCUCUAGGCCUCCAAUGGGUUUCGCAGAUAAGAAUCUAAUGAAAAGGGCGCAAUCUAAGAAUUC